GCCGGCGGUGAAGAGGAGAGGGCGGAGGCGGAGAUGGCGACGCGGAUGAAGGACGUGGCGCGGAGGUCGACCAAGAAGUACGUGGAGGAGGCGCUGUACCGGCGUCUGUUCCGGAAGGGGUCGACGCCGCAGGCGGUUCGAGAGGAGGUGGAUGGCUUCCUCGACAGCCGGAAGCGGGCGUUCAAGUGGGAGGUGGGCGUUUGCGUCCGCCGGAUGCGGCGGAACGCGCUCUACCGCCCGUCGCUCAAGCUUUCUGAAGUUAUGGCGAGAAGAGGCAUGAAUCCUACUGUUAGUGAUCAAGCAAUCCGCCUGGAUCUCAUUGCCAAAUCGAGAGGCAUCGCUGCUGCCGAGAAGUACUUUUUGGACCUCCCAGAAACAUCCAAGACUCAUCUUACAUAUGGCGCUCUUCUCAAUUCUUACUGCAAAGAGUUGAUGACUGAGAAGGCCGAGUCCCUUAUGGAGAAAAUGAAGGAGCUCAACUUUGCUUUCACUGCCAUGUCCUUCAACAGCUUAAUGACGAUGUACACCAAAGUCAACCAAGCUGAGAAGGUCCCCAGUAUCAUUCAGGACAUGAAGGCAGAUGACGUAUUGCCAGAUGUCUUUACUUAUAAUGUUUGGAUGAGGGCGCUUGCAGCUCUCAAGGACAUACCAGGGGUUGAGAGGGUGAUUGAAGAGAUGAAACGGGAUGGCCGUGUUGCUCCUGAUUGGACAACAUACAGCAACCUGGCUUCCAUAUAUGUUGAGGCUGGAAUGUUUGAGAAGGCAGAGGCUGCUCUUAAGGAGCUUGAGAAGCGGAACACCAGCAAUGACAUCGAAGCCUACCAGUUCCUUAUUACAUUGUAUGGGCGUACACAGAACUUAGUGGAAGUUCACCGUGUCUGGCGAUCGCUGAAGCGGGAUAACCCUAGAAUGGCAAACAUGAGCUACCUUAACAUGAUUCAGGUUUUGGCCAACUUGAAGGACCUGUCUGCUGCCGAAGCCUGUUUUAAGGAGUGGGAAGCCCGACACAUCCAUCCACCCAAGACCAACACAAAGGGCUCGGGGGCAGAUAAUACACCUGGUGCAGAUCCAAAAUCUCCAAGUAACCCGCCUAAUAAUCAGUCUGGCACCAAGGAAACCGGGGACGAGACAGCAGAGGACCUCCAGCCGAAGCAUCCAAAAUAUGACAUCCGGGUAGCAAACGCUAUGAUCAAGGCGUACAUUACCGAGGGCAUGCUUGACAAAGCUGUCGCCAUGAAGAAGCGUGCCAAGAUGCGCGGCGGAAGGCUGAACGCCAAGACAUGGGAGAUCUUCAUGGAGCAUUACCUCAAGACGGGGGAUCUCAAGAUGGCCCAUUGGUGCGCGGACCGCGCGAUGAAGAAGGGGCACAGCAGCGGCAGGAUUUGGGUGCCGCCGCCCGCCGUGACGGAGACCCUGAUGAGCUACUUCGAGGAGAACAAGGACGUCGAUGGGGCCGAGCGGUACGUGGGGGCUCUGAAGAAGGUGCAGAAGGAUCUGGGCGCACCGGUGUUCGAGCCGCUGGUGCGGACGUACGCUGCCGCCGGGAAGAAGUUCCCCGGGAUGCGGCAGCGGCUGAAGAUCGAGAACGUGGAGGUCGGGGAGGGGACGGCCCAGCUGCUUGACUCUAUCUGCGCCGAUCAAUAGCCCAAGCACGUCCUAGAGGCGGUGGCAGCGUUGGUGGCGGCUGCUAUGCGAUGGGGGCACCACCUCCGUUGAUGUAUUGUCUGGUGCGGGACUGCGAGUGACCUCUGAGGCGGGGGCGGAGAAUAACUGGAUCUACCUAACGUCGGAAUGGAGACCUGCAGGUCCAUUUGAAAUUAAACAGAAGGUUGGUAAGAGUGUGAUGGUGCUCAUUUUGCGUUUUAGAGGAUCCAUACUUGCAUGUAGCCAAAGAAACUAUUUUAGUACCUUUUUUCCUUGUACUUUUUUUUUGUCUUAUUGCUUUGCCUGGAGCUACUUGAAAUGCUCCACAGUUAUGUCCUCUUUUUAACUGAGAUGUCGUUGGCCUGAACAAAGGAUGCUUGACGCUUCGAAGUCACACGCAAUGAUAAAUUCAGUUUGCAGC